AUGUUAUGUGAUACCAAGGGCGCUACGGACUAUAUGUAUUGCGUUUGCUCAGGAAACUAUGUUGAAACUUCAGACACUGCAGCCCCCCUGACUUGCAAGUCAUGUAAGAAGUUGAGCCAUCGGCCAUGCACAUGUUAUUUGGGACCAGAUGAAGAUUUUGAAUGCAGCUUAUGUCAAGUUCAGCUGCUUGACCCAUUUAACAAUUUGCUGGAAUUCCUGUGGUAUGGUAGUAUGGGCUCAAAAACUGCGGUUUUCAAAGUUGAUAUUCCUGACCUGGAAAAAUGGGAAUCACAGCAUAAAGACGCAUAUAUAAUAUCAUUACCACUGCCUACAAGUAAUGUCGUCCACGAAUGGCCCAAAACAUUAGAACUGAGGAUUAAUAAGGACGUGGUACAUACUGUCAAGGAGCCCAGUUGGGGACACUCACGGAGGGACAACCCUAUAAAAAUUACUUACGCGAUGCAACCAGGUGUAAACUUGUUUGAGAUAAGCAGCACUACCUACCCGGAAACGCUUCGCCAAUUUCUGAUCAUAAUUGCGGUUUCAAAACGCGUUGCCGUGGAAAGGAUAAUAGAAACUGUUAAGAAGCGACGUACAAUACCUAGUAAACAGUCAAAACAACGAAUUUUAGAACUUAUGAGCAAUCAACGCGAUGAUGAUGACGUAAUAUGCAUAGAACAAGGCCAGAAAAUCGAAUUGAAUUGCCCAAUCACGUUGAGCCGAAUGGAGUUACCAACGCGUGGAAAACAUUGUAGACAUGUACAAUGCUUCGACCUGUACGCCUAUCUUCAGGUCAUGCAAAACAUGUCAACACUUAAUGCUCGAUGGAAAUGCCCAGAGUGUCAGCUGAUUGUUAAGCCAAUAGACUUGGUGAUUGACGGUUAUGUGCUCCAAAUAUUGAAAACCGUACCCCAAUGCACAUCUGCCAUAGAAUUAGACAAAUUUGGGAAUUACAAGGGCAUUAAAAUUAAUGGCCAUUGGCGUGAUUUCGACUCUUCCAAUAUGUUAUGUAAUAAGGGUACGUUUUGCGAAAUUUCGAGCAACACCAUCGGUAAAUCUAUCGACACGACAAAUGGUAUUCCAGAGAAGGAUUGUCUGCCUUCAUCUUCAAAUUUGAAGACAAAAUUGCAUUUUACAGACGCCUUAAACUUGGCUGCGCAACCGGGGGUUGCUUCUAACGACGUUGUAGUCGUGGGUGCCCAUGAAAGAGUACAAUCAUCUUUCACCUCGAUGUCGCCACAAAGAGAGGUAAUCAUCCUGGAUUCAUCGGAUGACGAAGAGUGUCAGACAACAUACACAUAUGUCUGCACCGACUCCAAAUUGACAUCCGACAAAACGUCGCCAAAAAAAGAAGUGAGUUUUUCUCGCACUGAUACAGCGACUCGCGGAGCCGUUACAAACACUGCAAGGCUAGACAAGAAAAAAACUUUGGGGAGAAGUUCCACUCUAGAACCAUCCACACUAUCGCAGCGCCUCAAUCGUUUGCCUAAGGUGGCAGAACCGCCUAGCGUCACACCGCAGUGCGCCAAACGCGGAAUCCUUACUGUGGACGGGACCAAUGGGAGACAAAUGUCUGGAACUUCAAAACAAGCAGGAACACAAGCGACAAACAAUUCAAGUGAAACACGCGACGAUACAAUCAAAAGAGUCAAACAAACGUGCACUUUGGAGGCCCGCGACCAGGGAUCAGCUUACCUGUGUUGA